AGAGAGCUACCCGUUAUUCGGAGUUCCGUAGCAUUUUUUUUUUAUUUAUUUUACAUGCCACGGCCACAUUUGUGAUUAUUUUUAUUUAACAUACAAACGAAGGAUAUGAGUGUUGUGCCAUGUUAAGAACGGAAAGUUCAGUGAUAGAAUCGACUAAGUGCUAAGUUAUGUGCAAGUAAAUUAGUGAGUUUAGUGACAGUUAAGUUAACUCAAGCGGAUUAUUCAACAUGGGAGCGUAGUGUAGUUAUUACUACACUACAAUUUUGGUGUUUGGAAAGUUAUUUGGUUGCGAUUUCAAGAUGGGGACAGACAUACUGCUUUCACCGUUCGUUCUGCUGGCGUUUUGUGCAGUGCUAACCACAACAUUGGCCAACGACGAGGAACUACACGACACUCGGGAGGGCGAUGACGUCACUUUACAAUGUCGAUUCUCUCCCGAGAGGCACCUGAGCGAGUCCCCUGCGUAUUACUGGCUGCGGAACACCGCCGCCGGUCAGGACAACGUGGCUAUCGGGAACCUCUCUCUGGGUUCCAACUACAGAAUAUCGUUCGUGCCUUCCGAAGGUCGGUACGACUUGCUUCUGUCCAACGUGUCUUACGACCGGGACAAUGGGCGGUUUGAGUGCAGAGUGAAAGCCGGCGGCUCCGGAAGGACUCUUCAUGCACAGAUCCACACGAUCACCGUGCUGACCCCACCCCGGGGGCCGCUGCUGAACCCCGGCUCGCAGGCCUUCGCCCUGGAGGACCGGGAGCUCAACCUCACGUGUACCACCUCGGGAGGAUCUCCGGAACCUAGCGUCAAGUGGUACCGGGAGGGGUCAUCGUACCCUCUGGAAGCGGUGAUCACCCACGCCAGGUCCAGGGACGAGCCGACCGUGGCCACGCUUCCUGUGUCGCCGAGGAAGGAGGACGACGGCGCCAUCUUCCGGUGCGUGGUGUACAACAGGGCCAUGCCUAAGGGACAGCAGUUGGACGCGACACUGCAACUAAGUGUCAAUUACUACCCCAGAGUGACUGUAUCGCCUGAAAAUGAACUGCGAGUUGGAACCAACGCGACAGCAUCACUGGAAUGCAGCGUUGAUUCGAAACCUACCGUCAACACGAUCACUUGGUCCAAAGAUGGCAAACCAAUCUCCGAAUCUUUCAUCUACACCAUACGCGGUGUGACCAAACAGGACGCUGGAAAAUACACGUGCACCGCCGACAACGGACUGGGCCGGACUGGAGAGAAAGACGUCUAUCUGGACGUCCUUUUCCCGCCUACCGUCACGGUGAAAUCCAAGACGUACGAAGCCGAAGAGGGGGGCAACAUUGAAGUCGUGUGCGAAGUCAUGUCGAAUCCCAAGCCGAGUUCUGUGGAAUGGACGAAAGAAAACGAGCCAGACUUCCGCCAGUACGGCAACGUUCUUUUGCUGACCAGGGUGAACGCGGACACGGCUGGAACGUAUUCGUGUCGCGCGACCAAUGUCAUGUCGUUGAGUGACGGCAAGCGGCUGGAGCGCUCGAGUAGUGCGUCAGUAGUUGUGCUGGUGCGACACAAGCCAGGGCGUGCUGUCAUCAGCCCUUCAGAACCCAAGGCACUGGAAGGAACCUCUCUCACCCUCACCUGCAGCGCUGACCCCCCCGGCUGGCCGACUCCCCAAUACAGGUGGUUCCACAACACAGACUCGUUCGGAAACCCAAUAGUUUUAGGAACGUCUCACCAACACAAAAUAGACUCUGUCCAACUCAAAGAUGAAGGGUCGUACAGUUGCCAAGCGUCCAACGAAUUGGGGCACGCUGAAGAAGCUUCUGUCACGCUCGAGGUACUCCAACCACCUCGGUUCCAGGCGAAGCUUCAAACUCACAUGAACAAAAUAGCUGGCGAAGAAAACUUCGCGAUAUCGUGUACGGCUAUAGCGAAACCGCGAUUGGACGUUGUUUGGCUAAAAGACAUGAAAGAAAUAGACCCUGACCUUAACCUUUAUGAGAUUAAGAAUGAAGUAUCUGAAGGCAGUAAAUCUGUGUUUACCGUUCAAAGCACGCUCAGAUUUGUUGGAAAUGCUAGGCCGAAAGGAGACGACUUGAUCCCAGCAGAUAAUGGAAGAUAUACCUGCGAGUUCACAAAUGGCAUUCAACCAAUCAACGCUACGAUGUAUCUUCGUAUAGAACAUGAGCCAAUACUGGUCCAAACUCAAGAUCGCGUGGCCUUCGAUCUAGCUGAAGUGGCGAAGAUAUCGUGUCGUGUGAACUCUUACCCCAAACCGGAGUUCCAAUGGUUCUACGGCGCCAGCACCGUUCCCUUGCAAUCCACCUCCGAGGGUCACUAUCAGAUCGAAGUCAGUUCCGACGACAACGAGUCCUAUUUGACCGUGCUGAGGAUAAACGGUGUGAAAUCCAGAGAUUACGGCGAUUACCACUGCCAAGUGAAGAACACAUUGGGAAUGAUACGUCCCAAGAUUCUUUUGCAGCCUAAAAGCGCGCCAGAGACACCUGAGAAGUUGACAAGCGAGAGUGCUGGAUCUAGUUAUGUGACGUUGAAAUGGGAGGCUGGGUUUAAUGGCGGUUUGCCCAAUACGAAGUACUUCGUGCGGUACCGCCGUGUACCGAGGCAGUUGGAGGGUCAAGUCGGGGAUCACUGCUCAUCGAAACACUCCGACUUCGACUGGAUGGAAUAUGACUGCGGUCGCCAGAACCCUUGCAAUGUCACCCAGCUCACGCCUAACAACCAUUACGUGUUCCUUGUAAAAGCGUUGAAUCCGAAAGGUCAAAGCAACUACUCCAACGAGGUGUCGGUCACCACGAAAGUGGACUCUAUCGCGCCGCCCGGACAAGUGACGUACGAUCCAAGCACCAAACAGCUGGUGUUCAGCGUGGCCGGAACAUGUCUCUCCUUGGUCGGAGUGGCUGAGGGGUUAACCACUAAUUGGCAGGUUAUAGACACCGUGCCGAUCCAGCCUUCAAGCGGCAUGAGCUGGGUGAUCGAGGCCACGCUGGAGCCGCCGCGCGCGGGCCGCCGCGGAGCCCCGGCGCUGGACGCCCUCAACCCGCGCAUCAGGCUGAAGCUGUGCCUCAGGGUCAACCCUGAUGUAUGCAGCGAGUACACGGAGGCCGAGAUCGGACAGUCCUACAUAAAGCAGACAUCAGCAUUCCUCGGGCCCGCGGGCAUGAUCCCCCUCGUCUGCGUCAUCGUCAUCGCCAUUGGACUAAUCGUCAUCGUGGUCACGUGGCGGUGUCGCAAACUCGGCGACAAGAACCGUGAGAGUCCCAGGAAAGACUACGAGAUGAACGUUAUGAACGCGGCAAUGAGCCCCAAUCAGGCGCCGCCACCUUAUUACCAGUCGACCGGCAUGGAGAACAAAGCUUUGGAACAUUCCAUGGAUUUGGCGUUGGAGGACUCGAAGAAUGUGUACGGUGGUGCUGAUUAUGGGUACCACGGCAUGCCGCACGUUCAAGGUCAUUCUGGACAGAACAUGACCAAUACGGAAUGGGCCAACAAUCUGUAUUUGGAGAACAGUUACACGAACAGCAAUCAUGGCGGCAGCGUGAACUCCCACGACUCGCUGUGGCAACUCAAGAUGGCGGCCGGCAACAAUGGCGGGAACAUGGCGCACCCGAUCAUUGACAGGCAGAGCAAUUACGCUUACGAUCCGAUGCCGGGCGGGUACGACACGAUCCAGGACUACGGGCCGCACGCGGCGCGCAGCCAGAACCCCUCGCGGCAGGACUUCUGCUCCGACCCGUACGCCUCCGUCCACAAGCCCAAGAAACGGAUGGACCAACAUAUUGAAUCCCCCUACCACGAGGUCAGCGGUCUCCCCGAGGCGUUCGGCGAGGAAGCAGGGCCCGAUGACAAACCCCCCCACCUCUGUAUCAACUACGAUGACUCUCUAGAGUCAGGGUACUCCACGCCCAACUCGCGAGCACGGCGGGUCAUUCGAGAAAUCAUCGUCUAAAAUUUCGAGUAUCGUGCAAGUAUCAAUAUUCGAACUAAAUUAUAGUAUCGAUUGUGUGAUACUAUCGAUGUUUCGACCACUUUAAUGAUCAGUAGAUACUCAUGACAUUUUUUCCUAUUUAAUUGACAUUGACUAGUUAUAAACCAAAUAGAAAAUUGUAAAGCUGUGUUUACACUUGCGGGUAUAAACUUGCCACCGCGUGAAGUUGAAUUGGACAUUAAUAGCAAUGAUUUUUAAAACGUUACAUCGAAUUAAUUUAUAGUUUUUAUCAAGAAAUUGUUAUACAACCACGAUCAAUAUUAUGUAUGACUGAGAAUUAAGUAAUAGGUAUUUUAUGUACGACUUUUGGGCCUCAUUAGCCAAGAAGAGAAAAAUUAAGAGAGAAAUGGUCGCUUGCUUAAUUAAAAAUAUCAUACUAGAUAAUGAAGGGCUUGAUAAGUGUAAAGUAAAUAUUAUAAUUUGUUUUAUUGUUUUAAUUGAGCUUAUCCACUUAUUUGUUUCUUCUUAUUUGUUUUGUUCAAUCGAGCUAAUGACAAUAAACAAAUGUUCGCGCCCUUUUUCCAAUCUGGUUACUCAAGUGUGACGUAAAUUUUUUAAAUGGAACGUCCAUCCGUACGUCCCAUCGUACUUUGAAUGAAUAUAAAACAUAUAGUUCGUCAAAAUUAAAACUAAAAAUUCGCGUAACGUACUUAUUUAAUUACGUAUAUGCUAUCAUGUUAUUAAAUAAUAAUUAUUAAGACCUUGUCAUCAUCCCUAUUAUUAGACCUGAAUAUUUACGGAAUCUUUACGUAUUGAAUCUCUGAAUAAAUAUCAACUGCUUUAUGGUUAUCCAUUAACCAAAUUGUGCCUUAAAAUUGUUAUAAGUCCCAUUUUUAAGUCACAUUGUAAAAAUUAAAUUUAUUGAAUAGAAAAAUAAAUUUAAGUAUAUAAACUUUGUAACAUGUCAUUGUACGUUGACAAUGCACUCGUACACAACGUCGUUGUUUUGUUAAUUCAAAUCGUACACAAAUAUGUUAUCUUUUAAAUACUCGCAGGACCGUACCGAAAUAAAUAUUGAUAUUAUAUUAUUUUAUUAAGAAUGAAACUGCUCCUGACUAUACCCGGUUGAUCUCUGUUCAUGGCGUACAUGUUUAACUAUAUUGUGUUGCUAGUAUUAAUUAAUUAUUUUAUUACGUAAUAUUGUCCGGCCUGUCAUAUUUUCACUUUAAUUAUUUGGUGCGCAAUGUUUGCAUUCAUAUUUUGAAUGACAUAAAGUAAAUAUUGGGCAUAAUAAUUAUUGCGCAUAUUUUAAAUAUAUUUUUGUACAAUAUUGAUUAUUUAUUAUGCGUUAUAAUGUUUAUGCGCGUUGAUCCGAGAACAGAUCAUACCCCUAGAUUUUUUAGGGAAUAUUAUAGGCCAAGUGUAGAUAGAAAAUCAAUGUAUGAAAUAUUUUAGAAUAAGAAAUUAGACUUAGACACGAUGCGAAUAAGAAUCACUGAGAUUUUUUUUUUAGGAUAUUUGGUAUAAUGACACAGACGCUUCCUGACAUGUUUACCUAAAUAUGCAGAAAAUGUAUAUAAUAAUAUGAUAGAUACUUAUAAUUUAAUAAAAAAAAGAGACCCGCUUAGAAGUUAAUUUAAGAAUAACAAGCUUUUAAAUGCCAUCGUGGGCAUUUUACAUGUUGCUCGUGGCAGUUGCUUUCGACCUAAAAAUGAUAAUGAAUUUUAAUAAUUUUCUUUUAACGCUUGAAAGUGAUUACUACGACAACUGUUCCCCAGUGUUGCCAAUUUUUCUAUAUAUUCUGAAAAUGGGAAAUCCCGAAAAAAGUAGUCAACACUACUUUUUUUUCUCGGAAUUUUCCAUUUUAACUUAAGUUUUAAAUUUACAGGAUGAUGAUUAUUUACGGGAUGUAUAAUUUUACAUUCUAUAGUUAAAAGAUUCGCUCCUCAGCACAGUUUACUUCAUUUUAUGAAUUAACUUACUCUUAAGGUAAUUGUGCCAUCGCAUUCUGAUAUACUGCGGUAAAAAACAAAUCGCCUAUAAUAACUCUUUAUUUAGAUAUUUUUGCUAUAUUAAAAAUAUCCAAAUAAUGACCUUUUUUACCUUAUUGUUCCGAACUCCUCAUUUAAAAACGUUUAUAGUAGCAGCAAGCAAGCAGUCCCAAUGGUUACCAUUUUAAGGUACUAUGUCACUUUUUGGUGAUAAAAUGCCUUGGUUAUAGAGCCCUUAUUUUACUUGGGAACCUUCGAUAAAGUAUAAAAUACUAGAUACAUAGACUCGUACAAAACUGAAACAAAAAACCUUAAAAUGUGUUAAAGAACAUAAAAUUUAUAUAAAGAAUAUACUUAAUUAUUAUGUUAGCAAAAAAAAGUUUUCUACAAAAAAAAAAAUCAAACAAAUUUCUCCUUGUAGACACUGUAUUUCAUGCUACACCAUAAACGCCUAAUAAAAACAAAGCAGGAAAUGACAUUGUAUGACUUAAUGUAAGCAUUGCGUCUUUGUUGGCCUUUUAACCCUUAAAUAUGCCAAAAGUCCUAUAAUGAAGACUAAAAAAAAGUCUAUCCACAAAAUAAGUGUUUAGAUAGAUAAAAUUUAAAAAGUCCUUAGGCUAUGAUUGAAAUAAAAUUUUAUUUAUAUUGUGAUCUUUGCCAUACAUUAAGAAACAUAUAUUCCCGUGUUUUUUAUGUAAUUUUCUCGUUAUCAAUUUUAAUUGUAAAAUAUGAUGACCGGGCUGAACUUUAAAGAAUUAUCAGAUUAGUUUGCCCUGUUUUUGACCGAAUUAUUUAGAAAUUCCAUGCAUAUUGUUGUUAUAACAAAAGUAUUUAUCUAAAACACUUAAACAAUUACACUUCACGUUUUUCGGAUUUUUUGACAAAAUUGCACUGCGAUGUUAUGUUUACCUACACCCGAGUGUAUGAAUAUGUACAUAUGUAUGAGUGAGCUGACGAAUGCUACUGAAUGCAAAAGGCAACCCAAUACGUCGAAUUGGGCAGUAAUUUGUUGCCGACAGUUUUUUUGUCGUGGAUUGUUUAUCUAGUUUUUUAUACUUUAUCGAAGUAGGGAACCUAUGGAUAAUAUUAAUUUGAUCUCUUAUCUGGCUUUCAAGUUAAGUUACAUUGCCAAUUACAUAUUUUAAAGCAGACUUACUGUGCUUAUUCAUUGUUACAUAGUACUUAUUUGACGGUUGAUACUUUUACUAUUUUAGGUAUGAGCAUUACUAUAUUAUUUGUAAAUUAUUAAUAAGCACAAAUUCAGCUUACAAUAUUACAUUUAUCAACGAAUAUUACAUCGAAAUUUUUGGAACUCUAGAAUAAUAUCUAGUCAAUACUUGACUACAUGUUGACUUCCUAAUUUGGAUGUGCCAAUAUUUUUUAUGACUAAAGACGCGUUCUCAAGUUUAAUCAACGAAAUAUUUCUAUUUUUCGCAAGGUAUUACAGCACAAAUAAAAAAUGUAGUAAAUAUAAUCAUUAAAAUAAUUAUUCUAACAUUCGCCGUGCAUAGAACUCAUGAAAAUCAUACCUAACAAUUUGUUAGUUUUUUAUGUUAUGAAAAAGAAUCAUUAUUUUAUAUUAUAAUAUAAUAUUAUGCCUUAAACAUAACGACUCACCGACUGUGGCGGAUACAUUAAAAAAUUAACAGAACCCACCUACCUGUAUGACGUUUUAUUAAUUAUAGGUUAGAUUUAGGUACGCUUACAUUUUAUACGCUCAUACAUACAAACAUUUAGUUACGUCUUAAUCCCUUGCGGGGUAGACAGAGCCAACCAUCUUAAAAAGACUGAUAGGCCACGUCCAGCUGUCGGCUUAAUGAUAGAAUUGAGAGAGAGAGAAGACGGGUUCAGUUUAUAUGCUCAAAAUUACUUUAAACUGUCUUAGAUUUAGUUCAAUUUUUAUGAAUGUUAUGAAUAUCAAUUGAGAAGAAGUAGGUAGGUAUCUAUUAGUUAUACUAAUUUCAAAGUUAUUACAUUAUGAUUAUCAAUUUAUAAAUUAAAAUAAAAUAUUUUUUAUACAUUAUUUUAAUGAGCUUACUCUUAUUAGAUUCGAUUACCUAAGCUACAAAAAUAUGUAAAACAACCAAAAUAGUGUAAUUCUACAUUAACGUGUACUUAUAUUUUUUUAGCUUUAAUUUUGUGUCGCAUAUCUAUACUUAACGUGUCAAUCAUUUAUUCUAUCAUUAAAAAAUCUAUUAAACAGUAGUAUUAGGUAAGUAGAUAUAAUUUAGCAUCUCAAUAAUGCUCCAUUCUUACCGUAAAGCACAUUUCGUUUGUUUGUAAGUUUGAAAUAUCUUUAUUGUACAUACGAAAAUACAAAAAACAAUAAGACAAAAUAAUACAAAGACAAACUUAUCUGGUUUAUUGAUCUCUUAAAUAUUUACACAAUACAAAUAAAUAUAUUCAUAUACAAAUUCAGAGUCAUACAAAUAUCUAAUAAAUUAAAUAGCGACAGUGAUAAGUGACUGCAUCUAAAAAAAUAGCGUCAGUCACUUGUCAGGUUCAACGUGUAUUUUUCAACCUUGACUUUGGCAAAAUCAUCGUUUUGUUGAACGAUGGAGCCAUAAUAUUAAAAAAAUGUAACGUAUGUACCUAAUGAAGUAAGUUAUUAUCAUGUAAGCUGGGCAACUUGAAAUUGUAAAUAUUAGUUAUCUAGGAACUAUUAUUAUAAAAUAAAUGUUGUUAGAGCAUUAA